GUGGAAGAACUUAAAAAUCAAAGAAAGCAUGUGGUAACAAAAAUCCAGAAAAAUGUGGUUAAAAGAAGGGGAUGCGAACACAAAGUAUUUCCAUAGAUCUGCGAAAGGAAGAUGGAGAAGAAGUGAAAUACUUUGUAUUCGCAUCAAUGGUGUCCGGCAUACAGGGGUGGCAGAAAUAAAGAAUGAGGUGGCAAAAUACUUUGAGGAGUUAUUUACGGAAGAGAAAUGGGAGAGACCAAAGCUACAUGGCAUCGAUUUCAAGAGGAUAUCUGAAGUAGACAAUGACAUCCUCACUGCAGCUUUUUCUAAAAAAGAAGUCAAGGAAGUAGUGUGGGAAUGUGAAUCUUCAAAGUCCCCAGGCCUAGAUGGCUUUAACUUCAAAUUUGUAAAAGUCAUGUGGGAAGACAUUAAAUCAGAUGUUGUGACGUUUGUGCAAGAGUUUCAUGAGCACUGUAAGAUAGUUAAAGGUUCAAAUGCUUCUUUCAUUGUCUUGAUCCCCAAAUUGGAAAACCCCCAAAAAAUUGAAGAGUACAGACCCAUAUCACUCAUUGGUGUCAUGUACAAGAUCCUAGUUAAGCUGCUUGCAAACCGACUGGGGAUGGUGAUUGAUAAGGUGAUUGGGGAGCAUCAAAUGGCUUUCCUAAGGGGCAAACAACUAGCAAAAGGGGCUAUGAUUGCAAAUGAGGUGAUUGACGAGGCAAAGAGGAAGAAGAAAAAGAAAUCCUUCAUUUUUAAAGUUGAUUUUGAGAAAGCGUACGAUAAGCUCAUGGGUGUUAAUGUGGAAGAAGCUUGGGUAGGAAAAAUGGCAUACAGAUUGUACUGCAAAAGAAAAGAUCUUCCUUUUAAAUAUCUGGGGAUCCCCAUUGGGGGGAAUCAUAGAAGAAUUGCAAUGUGGCAACCAUUGAUGGAAUCGGUGAAAAAGAAAUUAGCUCCAUGGAAAGGCCGAUAUUUAUCCUUUGGGGGACGCAUCACGAUCAUUAAUUCCGUGUUGUUUAGCUUGCCCGUGUUCUUAAUGUCAGUCUACCUGCUUCCUAAAGGAAGGCUAGCAAGAAAAGAACAGGGAUUGUGGGAUAAGGUUAUAGCUAGCAAGUAUGGAGGGAGUGGAGGCCAUUGGCUUGACUGGGAAAGGGAGGGGAGGGGAAUAGGAUCACUAUGGUGGAGGGAUGUGGGCUGUCUCAACAAUGUCGAUGAGGAGAAUGAAGGGUGGCUAACAGAGGGAUUUAAGAAGGAGAAAAAAUGUUAUCAAAUAGGCAACAAGGAAGAUGGAACAUGGAGGUGGAAUCUAGAGUGGAGGAGAGCCUUAUUCGACUGGGAAAGAGAAGAAGCAGCAGAACUACAAAGAAAGAUUGUUAGCAUGCAGUUAUAUAAGGACAUCCCCGACACAUGGAAGUGGGAGCAUAGCAAGGAAGGCAACUAUUCAACUAAAACAGCUUACAAAUUAUUGACAAAUGAACUUAAUGGACUGGAUGCAGCUCCAAUACACAAGAGAGUGUGGAACCCAAUCAUCCCAAGCAAAAUUUCUGCUUUUAAUUGGCAACUACUACAGGAUAGAAUACCAACAAAGAGCAACCUGCAAAGAAGAGGGAUAAUCACUGAUUUGGAAGAUGGAAUCUACGCUUUAUGUGAGGAGGAGAUCGACGACUCGAAUCAUCUUUUCCUGAAGUGCAAGGUGGCAAAGUGGCUAUGGAAGGCUUGUGGGAAAUUGUGGGGAAUCUCAGUUAAUUUGGAAAAUGAUUGCUGGAAAUCUUUUGAGCAGUUUGGGAAAUCAAAAGAUAUUCUGAGACUCCGACGUCAACAAAAUUUGGUGAUCCAAAUAGUGAUCUACUUUGUCUGCAAAUCUUACUACCAUGAAGAUGUUGAUGAGGCACUGUCAAAUCACCUCAAGGCUUAUUUGUCAGGGAAGCAUGUUCCAUUGAAGUCCAAAGAUGUUCAACUUGAGGAAUCUCUUGUUUGAUCACUUUCUUUGAGGUCAAACAUAUAUAAUUAAUACAAUAACAAUGUAUGGUGUCAUGUGUUGCUUUGUUGUGAUGAUCUGAUCAAGUUGAUUCAUGAUUUGUACUACUAUCUACUUAUAUAAUACUAGUUAUUAGUAUUAUUAAUGUUCGUCACAAACAUAUAUGGCAUUGACUUUAUUGUUAAAGAUAUUCCAUUUCUUCAUCUUCUUCACUUCUAUUUCAAGAGGAAAUCAGUUUAAUCACCUUGGACAGGUAUCAAGAAGAGGUGCAGUUUCUCGGCCUUUUUGGCAUGUAUAAAAAGUCCUGCAACCU